GGCGCGGAGCGCUGAGGGCGGCGCGGAGGCCGCGGCCGGGCCGGGCCGAGUGAGGGGAGAGCCGGGGGGCUCCGCCGGCCCUUUCCCCGUCCCUCGGGCAGCGCUUCCCUGCGAGAACCCCGGGCAUGGAGACCGCCGGCCUUCCCAGCAAGGAGCUGAGAUUACAUUUAGUUACCUGGAAUGUGGGCACAGCUUCUCCCCCUCCUGAUGUCACAAGUUUGCUUCAGCUCAACUCUCUGGGCCCCACCACGGACAUGUACGUUAUAGGCUUACAGGAGGUGAAUUCAAAAAUCACAAAUUUUCUGUCUGACUUGGCAUUUGAUGAUCCAUGGAGCAUUUUUUUCAUGACUGUCUUGUCUCCCUUGGGAUAUAUCAAGCUCUCCUCAGUUCGCAUGCAGGGGCUGCUGCUCCUGAUCUUUGCGAAGAACGUGCACCUUCCCUUCAUCCGGGACAUCCACACCGACUACACCCGCACGGGCCUCUUUGGCUACUGGGGGAACAAAGGAGGAGUCGGUGUCCGCAUGUCCCUCUUUGGGCACACGAUCUGCUUCAUGAACUGCCACCUGCCAGCUCACAUAGAGAACACCGAGCAGCGACUGGAUGACUUUGAGAAAAUUCUGGAAAUGCAGUUUGAAGGAGACGAUAUUCCAAGCCCCUUGGAUCAUGAGCUUCUCUUCUGGUUUGGAGACUUAAACUUCCGGAUAGCAGAUUAUGGGAUACACUUUGUCAGAGAAUCAAUCAAUAACAAACGUUUCAGUCUGCUCUGGGAAAAGGACCAGUUAAAUAUGGCCAAAAAGAAGGAAGAAUUUCUGAAGGAAUUCAAAGAGGGUCCUCUGCAGUUUAAGCCCACCUACAAGUUUGACCUUGACUCGGAGGUCUACGACACAAGUGAGAAGAAAAGAAAGCCAGCGUGGACAGAUAGAAUUCUAUGGAAAGUGAAAAAUCUCAGCGAGGUUGCAUCAAAAGAAGACAAAAUCCCUGAAGAAGAGAACCAAAUUUCUGUUACUCUGAAUAACUAUGUCAGUCACAUGAGCUAUGGCAUCAGUGAUCACAAACCUGUCACAGGAACUUUCAAACUUGAGAUGAAGCCUCUUGUCUCAGAUCCCCUGGUUGUGCUGAGUCCUGAGGGUGAGUGGAGUGCAGAGCACGAUGUUCUCCUCUGCUACUCCGCAGCACCUGAGCUCCCCAGCAGUGCUUGGGACUGGAUUGGGCUCUUCCAGGUGUCUUUCAAGCAUGUGAAGGAUUAUGUUACUUAUGCUUGGGUGGAAGAUGAUGAAAUUUCUUCCAACGGAGACAGCAAAGAAGUUUACAUGAGUGCUUCAGAAAUACCCAAGAUGGGAGGAGAAUAUUUGCUUUGUUAUUUUAGCAAUAACUUGCAGUCAAUAGUUGGCAUCAGUGAACCUUUUCAGAUUCAGCCUAGCCAAACACCAAUAGAAGAGGAUGGGCCAGAGGAAGAGAGCAGUUGGCUGCAGAAACCUGACAAUCCAAAAUCAGAUGAUGAUUCUGAAAAUAGAAAGGGCAUUUAAUGGUCCUGGUUCAGCUGUCAGAUGAUUCUUUAUGUCUUAGUGAUUGUAAGCUUUUGCUCUUAGAAGAUGGAGUAAGACAGGUAGGAAUGUUCAGAAACUUUGGAAGCUCGUAGAAGAUAAUUUAUUGUGGAAAUGGUUAUUUUUAUUCUGGGGAGAGUGACUUUCUUGCACUGGAUGAGAAUUGUAAAAUAGCACUUAAGGAAUGCUGUAUGUUUUAAGGUGAUAGACAUUUCUGAUGCAAUGAUUUAACCUAAGGAGGUUGCAAUGUUAAUAGGUUUUUUAGGCUUGUUCCUUUUUUUGUAGAGGAUAUUUUAUUUACGAUGCAAUAUUUACUAUGCUGUAACCACUUAAUAAUUGAUUUCCAAAUUUGGAGUUUAAAUGAAGUUAUUUAAAAAUUAUUUAUUAGAUACAGCUAGUUAGCUUGUUUUGAAAUUUUAUUUGACUUUCAGAUGUAAGCUAAUUACCUUUUGGGAAACACCAGUGACAACAGGUCACAUGAAAAACAAAAUCUUUGGAGUGUGUACAGUCUCCACUGGUAGAUCCUUCUCUUCAUGCCUUAUUGAAGAACUCUUUGUAGGAUUUUCAAUUUCUAAUUCUUCCAAAUUGCAAUACAUUUAUCAAAAUGCACUAUUCCUGAUUUUUGAAAUCCUUAUUUUAUAAAACAAUUAAGCAAUUUGCCUAUUGCUUUUACCCCCCUCAUUACAAAACAUAAAAUAAACCCAUUUUUAUACCAGUCCCUGUCUUGCAGUGAGCCAGGAUGCCACAACUUCUGAGGGAAAUUGCAGAAGUUGAGAAAUGUUUUAGCAUAGAUGAGCAGCCCAUGGUUGAUGAUUUGGCAUAAUCUUUGAAAAUUGUAAAUAUCUUCAAUUUAUAGCAAUCAGUCUGCAAACUUUGUGUUUUUCUAGAGGUGCUCAGACCUUUGUGUAUCCUGUGCACUUGAGGGUGGAGAUGGAAUAGAAAUUUCCUGUACCUUUAGGAACCUGAAAGGUAGUUAGCUUCUGAAAGGCUCUUGUUACUUGGUGGGGAAAUAGAGAUCUUUGGAAAGGAUAGGAAACAUUCCACAGAAUCUCAGACUGCAGUGCUGGGACAGAGCACUUGGAGUCUCCCCUGCUCUGUACCCACAGCUCCCUCCCAGGUGUGGGGAGCAGGGUCAGUCACUCCUCAGUGGCACAGGGAUGGAAAGGAGCAGCUUUGGUUCAGGUGGAAGAGCAAGGGGUGUUGGGAUGUUCAUGCUGGAAUUCUGCUUCACAACUGAGUGGAUUCCUUUUUGCUCUUUUUCUCAAAGCCUUAUUUUUCUUCAGGGUUGUUUUGAGAUAGCAAGUUAACAGCUUGAUAGGGUAUUUGGGUUGCUUUUAUCAUUCACUGUAUAAAACCUUUUGAGGUCCAGGUGUCUUUGUGUCCUGUUGAAGCUCUGCAUAGGUUUCUGGUUAGGUAGUUGCAGUGGGCUUUAGGAACACUUGGCCUCUGUAGGUUUUAGUUGUAUCAGCUUGAUGCUUGGUGUUGGGAAUACUUGGUGAGUAGUGAGGGCAGGUUCAGAGGAUACUGUGUUCAUUGCAUGGAUUAACACUGCCUUGAGGUUUACAGUUUGUACAUUCCUGUUACACUUUGGAACCAUAUUAGAAACAGUUUGCCCAUUUAUACCGAUCUCCCAAGAAUUUGUUUUGCACUGAAUCUUCCAGAUAUGUGACUUCUCUUGGCAAUUAGGGCAUCAGACAAACCCCUGCUUUGAACUGCAGUCCCUUCUGCAGUUCCUGAGUUGUCUCUGGUUUCACUGGUGUAACUCUCUGACCAUUCUCCAUGCAAGGAGAUUCUGUGGAGAGCCCAAAGAGCAGUGGGCUUUGAAUUCCAGCCCACAGCUGGCAAUUUACUGCGGACCAAGAUCCAGUUUCUUCUAAGCAGGGUGCAUCUGCUGGGCAGGAGGAGCUCAGAGGGAGCCAUGCAGCCUCUUUGCAGGGCCAGACACUCGAGAUCCUUUGUGUUUGUGGGAGCUGAGACCCCUCUGUCGCUGGACACAGAAGCUGCAUUUUGUAAACUGAUCCUUUGAACCACGGGACUUCCCGGAAAAUGCCCCGAGCAGCUGGGAUUGGAGCUGCUUGUGUGUAAGGAGGAUGCUGCACAGAACUCUGCACUUCUUUCUUCAGUAUUAUGCACACAGAGGCACUUUUGUUUACUACUGUUACCUAUGGUAGCUUUUCAAACUAUUCCAUGACCUGUAAUGAUGCAAUUUCUGAUGAAAUUUCUCUUUUCUUAAAACACCUUUAAUUGGAUGUUAUAAUCACUGGAAAUGUUUUUAUACUCAUGUGUUUUAAUUUUCAUGUACCUCUAAAAUAAAUCCUGGCAGUGAAGUGUU